AGAAAAGGAGGGUAAUAUUAAUGACGGACCAACAUGGCGGCCAAACAUUCUGCAAAGCAGUUAAAGGUGGAACGGAUGUGUAAAAUUAAGGUUGGUUAAAGUUACAUUUUUGAUGUAAGAACGUUCACACCAAAUCAAGACGAGCUCUUUUUUGGUGUCUGUGAAAAUACAGCCUGUACAGAAAACGUUAAGGCUUAUCUUACACUGAAACGCGUCAGUACGUUGGCUAACACAGAAAUUAUGUGGGGCGAAAUUGACCCUCCCGUUCAAACACAACCAAGUUCGUGUGAGAGUGAAGACUGGAGUAAAUUACAAGAAGAACCGGUGAUACGGUUCCGGCGAUAUGACUCAAAAGGAUCCGCUGAUACUCAGAAGCCACAGCAAGAACCCCAGGACCAGAGCCAGGCAGAGUCCGCUUGUGUGAGUGACAUGGUAGAAGCCAUUGCCAAGAGUGGGAGUCCAGUGAAGAGCCAGCAGAUAGGAGAGCCUGAACUGACCCUGAAGGAGCGCAGAGAGGAGCUACUGCAUCAGUACAGGAGCAGACCGCUGGUGUUCCUGGAGAGGUACCAUGCCUGGCUCAAACCCCAGGACCUGCAAGCAUUUGCCCAUGUCCACUCUGAUCCGCGGGCUCAGCACUACAGCAAAGUGAUCCAGAGGAGAGCUGCAGCAUGUACCAACAAGACCAGGGUUCGAAACCAGCGCUAUGCCGCCCUCAGGGCCCUGCAGAAGGAAGGUCACUAUUUCAGUGAGGAACAGAUGCGAAUGAGGCAGCCGCUGCUGUAUGAACAGUACAUUGGCCAGUAUCUGACUGAUGAGGAGGUCCUGGAGCGUUCCCAGGAGGCCAUGCAAGAUAACGCACAGGGGGCACCAGAGGGAGGUACAGGAGGGCUCGCCCACCUCCUCCUCAACUCCUACCAGGAGCAUCUCAUCCAGAAUCGUCUGCAGGAGGAGCAGGAGAGAGAGGAGGGAGCACAGGAGGAGGACGAGGAUGAAGAAGACGAUGCUAAUUAUGUCCAGCAGCAGCAGGAGGAGCCCACCGCAGAGGAGAAGGCUCUGCUCAGGGAGGAGUUCAUCAGCCAGAUGCACCAGCGCUUCCUCGAUGGCAAAGACAAAGAUUUCAACUACAGUGAGGUGGAUGAGAACCCAGACUAUGACAACUUGGACAUAGUCAGCAGAGAUGCGGAGGAUAAAUACUUUGAUGAAGAUGAUGAAGAGGAGGUAGAGGAUGAAGAGGAAGAAAACAUGACAGAAUAAACUGUGUAAUGGCACUCUGAAUGAACUGUAAAUACAAAUGUGCAAAAUAA